AUGUCAGAGAACGUGGCGCACCUUCUGAACGGUCGCCCGCAGUGCGCGAGCGGCAAUGCCGGCUCGCUUACACGUCACACACUCGCUACGGAUUCAAUCGAGGAGGUCGACAUUGUGAGCGCCACGACUCGCGCCUCAUCGCCAGAAGCGACUCUUGAACAGCAGCGCCACGUUGCCCUACCACAGAAGCAUCGAGGCUUGCUGCAAUGUGCGUCUUGGCAUCGUCGGCGGCCGCGCUCGGGAUCAGUGCCAGAAUUCUCCUUGCCACCACAGCAACGCCUCGCGUGUGCGCACUCCGGGCGCAAACAGGCGAGCGAAGAUGGGGUGUUUGGCGAAGAUACACAGUCAACAGGGGUCAGUCUCAGCAGCCUCACGGUCGAGGAUGGUAACGGCGGCAGCUCCAGAGCGGCAAGUGCUGAUGACGACGAGGAGCGCAGAGCCGAGCUGUCUUGGAAUCCUCGCACACGAGCUCAUCCUCUAAGUAGAGCCUCGCACCAUGACGUCAGCGCCAAGUGGAGGCAGUGUAUCGGCCACCGGCUGGGGUCGGCAACCGAAGGACGGCGACCGGAUGUCUCACUGCGCCCGCCGCCGCCGCGAACCCCUCGCGCGUGCGCCCGCCCGCAUACGCAUGACAUUCCUGCGACAUUAGCCAAUCUUCUCCGCCACUACCUCUCCUGGGCACCGCCCUUAUCGCCCGUAGCGGCAGCAACAGGGGUGCCUUCUCCCACAGAUGGCAACGUGUGUACUCGCUUCCUCUCGGUACGCUGGGGUUGCCAGGCGAUGACGGCGCUGCAGCCCCAAUCAGAUCUGCAUCGACGGCCACUCGCGGAGGAACGCACGUGGGACGCUACGCCGCCCUGCCCUCCUCGCCCGCCGCGGCGUGCACCGUCGCCAUCUUUCCAACGGCGGCUGUCUGCUAGCCACACCACGAGCAGGCACGGCGCCGACGAGCACCGUUGCUGCAGCGUCACAAGCUGUCACGCCUCGCAUCGGUGGCAGCAGCUGCGACAGCAGGAACACCUGUGGAACCUCCUGACGCACUACCCACGUGACGCGAGUGCCUGCCUCUCACUGGGUCUCGGCGUCUGUGCGGCGCUGGAUGCCAUGCGUGCAGCACCACCACCAGUGCUGCCUGUGGCGGUGCUGCAGGAUAUCGCAGCGACGACGGCGACAGAGAUAAGUGCGUUUGUGCACGCCUGCGAGGAGGCGUGGCAGACUGCGGUCAGUGCAUCGCCCGAGCCAACAGCAGCUCUACCGUCGCUCGCCAGGAGUAUGGGCGACGCUACCUGCAUGUGUGGCUGCUUGGCUGCAGGACAGCUGCUCGACCCCGCCCUUUAUAGGUUUCAUCUCCUGUACUACCGCCAUCAUCAUCGCUAUACACCGUUGCGGCAGCAUGACGGCGACGACUACCGAGCUGGCGAGUCGUCGAUGAACAGUACGCAGCACAGUGGCGAGCGCUACGCGCUUGAGGAGGCGAGGGCAGCGGUGUUCGGCCGCCCGCAUGCCCAGAGGCAGCCGCCUCAACACGCACGCUGCGCCCCUCUUCCUCCCCAUGAUGGAUGGCGCGCUCCCGGCACAGGACCAGUGCGGGCACCUUUGCUCUCCGCCACCCCUCCCCCGCCCCACCUCCCGCGGGUUCAGGGCACCUCACCAACAGCGCUGCUGCCGCUGUUGGCGGUGCAGACACUCUCAGGAUUUGUGCAGGCCUCCAGCGCGCGUCGAAGUUCUGUGAUGUCUCGCCAGCGACGGCGCUGGGGACUACGCGCGACACGGCGAGGCUGUGGGCGCUCGUCCGCCUCGCCGCCAGGCGCCACCUCAACUGGGGCGCCACCUCAACCAGCGCCGUCAGGCACGCAGAGUAGCUCGAGAGGAUUUACGACGCAGCAGUCGCAGCCGGGGAAGAGCAGAGACGACGACGCUGAAGCAAACCCACUUUGCAACUACGCUCACUUCUGCGAUGAGACGGAGAGGCUGUGGGCGGUGAUGGCGAGCGUCCUGCUCGCGUGGAAGCAGCUGGAGCAGUGCGUCUCUUUAGUGCUGCUUGUCCCGCGGCUGGAGGUGCUCCCGUCCUCCGCGUCGCAUACGUGGCGGCUCGUACCGCCGUCGCCAACUUCGCAGUUCUCGAAAUCCCCCGCUUUGUCACCGCUCGCGCGCGCCGCGGCGUCCAUGCGGCUGCACAACGCCGCUGUGGAAGGCAUGCUGCUGCACGCCACCCAUGAUAGCGCCGUCACAGCGCCUCCAGUUCCUGCAGGUGGGACGCAAUUUGAACGCACUGCGCUCGCCCGCCUGCGCGUCCGUCUGCUCUCCAUUCCUCCGAGGCCUCGCCACACAGCGAGCGCAGAGGAGAGCGACAACGUCGCGUCCUCGCUGUGCAUGAUGGAGGCCUUCGUGUAUGGAGAGCUGCAGGGUCAGAUUGCGCACCUGCCGCUGUGGUGCGCCGUGGCGGUGGAAGUGCUACAGCUCUACAUCGAGCAGUUUCGCCAAGAUCGCACGUUGCUCGCGCGAAUGGCGGAGGAAGAGAAAGACGACGCUGCGGCUCUGAGAGCUGUGGGCAGCGAUGAUGACGCCACAUGGGCCUGUGUGCACUCUAGCCGAGUGCACCAAGUCGUGCUGCUGGCCAUACGUCUCAUGACCCUGCCCUGCGUGUUUGCCAACCGUGCGUCCGCCCCUGCCGUGGCAGCGGAGAGGACCGAGGCGCCGCCUCCAACAACUUGUCAGACUCGCAGAUGGCGCCAAAGUUCGCCGGAAGAUCACGGUGCGAGGGUUUCUCAUGAAUGCGGCGGCUUGCAGCAUCCUUCACGUGAGUCCCAAGCUGUUGCUGCAGCCACAGGCGCUUCAGCUGCGAACGUGGAAGUGCCAGUGCCAGUCUCGGCAACGAUCGUGGCACAGCUCUCUGCGGUAAUGUCCCGGCACCCGCUCUUCGGCGUCGCCGUAGCGGUGGUCGGCGGUGGUGUACCACUGCACUGGGCCGUGACAUGUGUGGCACCGCGCGCCAUGAACGCUCACUCUCACGCAGCAGUGCCACCACCUCCCUUCCCAGCGCAGUGCAGUAGCCGCAGCGGCGACGGGGUGGAUUCGCGGCGUGCUCACGUCGCAGACGUGGCCGCCGCAGACGCUGAAGCACAGACAGAGCUACGUCGACUGGUGCAGCUUCUCCACAUGUGGUUGCGAGAGGCGGAGAGGCGGCCAUGA